AUGCGAGGGUCUUCCCUGGUUUCGCGAUGCCGCCCGACGUCGCCAGACACGGCAGAGCUGCAAAGUGCGGUGAAGGGGGAGCGCCUCCCUCGCCCAGGCCUGAUCCUCCGACCACUGGACUGGAUACACAAAUGCCUGCACACAACACACAUACACACAGCACACACUCCUGACACGCAGCACGCGCUGGGAAAAGGAGGAGAGGAAAGGGCGCUAAACAGCCCUGCCGUCUGGUGGCCCUGGAGAUCGCACGGCAUCGCAUCGCGUGGUAACACUGCUAAACGGCGGUGGCCGGGGGUGGUGAUUAAGCAGUCCUUUGCGCCCGCCCGGCCCCGCGAAUGA